ACCCUAUGCAGUUCAUCCUCGGCGUGAAAAGAAAAAAAAACAAUAAAAAGCUUCCAAGGGACGUUUCGCCCUCCCAGUGCAGCAAGGCGCAGGGAUCAGUGUGGAUAGGAAGUGUAAGGGUUCUGCUGGGCAGCUAUGGAAGAACUUACCGCUUUUGUAUCCAAAUCGUUUGACCAAAAAAGCAAAGAAAGUAACAGCGGCGGCGGCGGUGGCAGCGGCAAAAAGGAGACAAUUACCUACAGGGAAGUUUUGGAAACUGGUUUGGCUCGGAUGAGGGAGCUUGGAAACUCUGAGACUAACCUCCAGGACAUCACCGACACCAGCAACCACUGCCCGCUGCACCUUUAUAAAGAGCACGGCGCCGACAGCGACAAGGACAAACUCAAAGACUACGUUUCGGCCAGAGUCUCGGAAGGGAUCUAUGAGUGCAAAGAGAAGAGGGAUGAUGUGAAGUCAGAGGAUGAAGAUCAGCAGACUAAGCUGAAGCAGAGGAGAAGCAGAACUAAUUUUACACUAGAGCAGUUAAAUGAGCUUGAAAGGCUGUUUGAUGAGACCCACUAUCCUGAUGCCUUCAUGAGAGAAGAGCUGAGCCAGAGACUGGGACUAUCUGAAGCCAGGGUCCAGGUUUGGUUUCAGAAUAGGAGAGCAAAAUGCAGAAAACAAGAAAACCAAAUGCACAAAGGUGUGAUUUUAGGAACGGGAGGUCACUUAGAAAGCUGCAGAGUUGCUCCAUAUGUGAACAUGGGAGCCCUGAGGAUGCCUUUCCAGCAGGUACAAGCCCAGUUACAGUUGGAAGGAGUAGCCCAUGCACAUCCUCACCUCCACCCACAUCUGGCUGCUCACGCUCCCUACCUGAUGUUCCCUCCUCCACCCUUUGGACUUCCAAUUGCAUCUUUGGCAGACACAGCAUCUGCUGCAGCUGUAGUAGCAGCAGCUGCCAAAAGCAACAGCAAAAACUCCAGUAUUGCUGACUUACGACUCAAAGCCAGAAAACAUGCUGAGGCUUUGGGUCUUUGACACUUAUAGCCAUUGAAAAAUCAAUGUACUGAAUCCCCUUUUAGACCUCUGAGAGACUCUCCAAGCACCAACUAUUUUGGUAAAAUGCUUUGCAAAUGUAUACAAAUGAUACACAGACAUUAAUAUGGCUAUACCUGUUUAUUUAGAAGAUCAAAGAAAAUCAUGGAGGAUUCACUAUGCAGGGCAUCAUUUGGGCUGGCUCAGAGAGGCUGAAAAGCUUGAAGUUAAACCUAUCAAGAAUUAUUUUUGUUGCAAGUUUUCGGCCAUGAUAUUUCUGAAUUGGAAUUGCAGCUGAAAGUGAUUCAGAUACUUUACCCCAGCUGUGGACAGACAUGGGGACAUUAAUCAAGACUUAAGACUGAAAUAUAGAAAUUUUUUAUUCCCUGAAAAGGUUUUUCUAACUUCACCAAGGCUGCUUUCAGUUUUAAAAUCCUGUGCAUGUGUCUAAGCAAACAAAUUUGGAAAAUCAUAUAAAUAUAUAUGCGUAUAUGGUAAAUAAUAGAUUUCUGGGGCUGGUUCCCCUCUGGCAUUACUUUGUUACCAAUGGUAUUAUUUCACUACCAUGAGAAUCUCCAACCCAAGAACAAGAGUGGUCUCCCAUUAAAAGUGGAGUUGCAGACACAUCCUGUGCUUUAUGUAAAAACCUUUUUGCAAAAGCAGACAGCAAUAAUUUUAUUUCUUCAGUUGUUCUUUAGAAGAAGAAUUAUGCUACAACACGUUUUGUGGUGGUUUGGAAACAGAACAUAUCCAUAGUUAUCCAUUGAAAAGUAAACUUUUUGUAUCACAAAACACCACGUUCUGUAAAAUUACCUGUAUGUGUUACCACCCCCAGAUCAUAUAUGCUAUAUUGGCCCCAAUUCUGCAACAUACUGAGAUGAAGAUGUCCCUCUGGUGUUUGGAAAUAAUAUUGAUAUAGAAUCAUUGUUUACUAAAUGCAAUGAAGCGCAGUUAAGUGCAAUACUGUAAAUAUUAUAGAUUUAAAAAGAUGAAAAUGGAAAGUUACGAUAUUGAUAAUUACAUUUGCAUUCACCAAGAUUUAGCACUUUGUGCUUCAUUUGUGUGUUGCAGCACAUUGCCAAAUGAGUGUAUUGCUAAGGAAUGGACAAAAUAGUCCAAUGUCUUUUUUAAUGUAUGAAAAAAAAUGAUGCCAUGAUUUUAGUGCAGUAAAUAUGUGCCAUAAAAUUCAGAAUUAAGCUAAAGUAUCCGGC